AGUUCUUUUCGAAGAAAAUCCUCAACCGGUUCUGCUCUGGGAGUAGCCUCACCGUCUGCUUUAUCCGCCGCUUGCUAAUCGAACUUGGAUGAGUCGAAAGAUGGUUGCCGAAGUAGUGUCAUCUGUGCGAUGUUUUCAAGGUCUUCAGUAUGUGUACAAGCACCAUAGUGAUGUUCUGAACUGUGAAAUGAAGUUUGGAGCCUAUGUUCCCGAUCACAAAGAAGGCGAACAUCUGCCGGGAUUGUUCUAUCUUUCCGGUUUGACAUGUACACAUGCGAACUUUAUGGAAAAGUCUGGAUUUCAAAGGUAUGCUAGCGAACACGGUAUGAUCGUAGUACAUCCUGACACUUCUCCAAGGGGGGUCGAUGUUCCUCAUUCUGAAUCCUGGUCGUUUGGAGAAGGGGCCGGCUUUUACAUAGAUGCUACUACGGAGCCGUGGUCGAAAUACUACAAAAUGUAUAGUUAUAUCACGAAAGAGCUACCGGAAUUGAUAAAGACAUGUCUCCCAGUUGAUUCGGAUAGAUUGGGUAUAUUUGGUCAUUCGAUGGGAGGCCAUGGUGCCAUCUCUAUUGGAUUGAAAAAUCCGAGUCUUUUCAAAUCCAUUUCAGCCUUUGCUCCCAUAUGUAAUCCUAUGAACUGCUCAUGGGGUCAGAAAGCAUUUAAUGGCUAUCUUGGUAGUGAUAAGAAAACAUGGGAGCAGUAUGACUCUUCUUUAUUGCUAAAAACGUACGAUGGACCGCCGAGAAAUUUGCUUGUAGAUCAGGGCACGAAUGAUCAGUUUCUCAAAGACGGAGAGCUAUCACCGGAAUCACUCAAGUCCACGGAUAAAGUGAAAGUCGAUUUGCGAAUGCAGAGAGAUUACGACCAUAGCUACUAUUUCAUUGCUACAUUCAUUGGAGACCAUUUUAAUCAUCAUGCAUCAGUGCUAAAGCACAUACUUGAGAACAAACUGGCUCGUUGAGAUCUUUUCCUUGUUGCAUGGCUAUUUUGUCCUACCUUUGUAUAUACACCUCUUCCGCGAAUUUGCUCUCUAAUCAUAUCCAGUCGAUUGAGACUCCGCCUUUCCCACGCGCGCGGUGGGAAGUGAUCAAGAGUAUGUUUGCGAAAGAAGUGUAGAGUCCAGGCGAAGCGGCCGCGCGAAGCGGAGAGGCUGGGCUCCCGACACUGCACUUGAUAAGCCCUGUACAUAGCUUUUAACAAGUUUUAUACGCUGCUAUAUUGUGAACAGAUGUUGACAACAAGUGUUUUAUAUCACGUUUUAUCCGCAAAUAAAUAUCAGUUGUA